GCUCAUCACGUGACCUUUAGCGUCGUCACUUGCUAGCUUACUUCCGUGUUUCAAAGCUGGUUGCUCGUUCAUUGACUUUAGCUGCGUUUUUCUCCGUUCAUUUAGUGUGACAUUUCACAUAGCAUAUCAUUGUUUAAUGCUUUAUCUUUUUUUCUGAUACUGACGGUCAAACGGUGACACUUUCGAUGCGGAAACGACUCGACGAGGUGAGCUAGCCUCUGGGAGCUAACACUGUUAGCCCAACAUCUGUUUAGGUUCGAGCAGAAAGUGAGACGUUUCGCUGUGAGGCUGUCCUCUCAAUGGUUCUAUGACCUACAGUCGUUUAACCCAAUCAGAGGAUGUACCCGCCCCCCAGAAAGGACUUCAUAGCUUUAACCGUCAGUGACCCACUCAGUUACCCCUACAACAACGGCAAACACCGGAAGCAGUCCUGCUGGAGGAAAUGGAAGCAGCUGUCCCGGCUUCAGCGGAGCCUCAUCCUGUUCCUGCUGGCUCUGCUGCUCGUUUUAGCUCUGCUCUCUCAUUCCAGCAUCACAAAACGGUGGAGAGGUUUGCCUGAGAAGGAGGACUGGCUGCAGCUGGGUGACAGAGACCUGAAUGUCAUUCCUGCUCCUCCCAAACCCGUUUUGGAUCCAGAUGCUGGUAAACCUCCAGCUCCUGUUGUGGGGCCACAUCUGGAGCCAGCUGAGGGUCAGCCAGAUGUUGCAGCAGAAUCCAGAGGACAAAUUAUCCCAAUUCUGCCUAAACCUCCAACUAAGCGAAAGAGAGGCCCCCCAAGCCUACAGAGAGAUGGGAACGUUUCAGACACAAAAGGGGAAGAAAAAAAGAAGCAGGAGGCAGUUCCAGGUGAAGGGGAGGAGGAAAAGAAAAUCGUUAGCUGGAGAGGAGCAAUGAUCGAAGCAGACCAGACGACUGAACCUCCACCUUCAGCCAAUGAGAAGGAGGCUGUUGCUCCACCUGAACCUCCAGAACCUGCCAAACCUGCUAUCGUCGUAAAUCCAGAAGUAGUCCCUACUGGACCUGCAGACCGGCUGGAGGCGGUACGCGAUGCCUUCAGACAUGCAUGGAAGGGCUACAAGGACUACGCCUGGGGUCACGAUGAGCUCAAACCCAUCUCAAAGUCUUUUGGUGAAUGGUUCGGACUGGGUUUGACUCUGAUCGACUCCUUAGACACCAUGUGGAUUAUGGAACUGAAAGAAGAAUUUUCUGAAGCAAGAAGCUGGGUGGAGAAGGAGCUGUCCUUUAACAAGAAUGUGGACGUGAAUCUCUUUGAAACAACCAUACGAAUCCUAGGGGGCCUGCUGAGCUGCUACCAUCUAACAAGAGACCAACUCUUUCUGGAAAAAGCUAAAGACAUCGGGUCCAGGUUGAUGCCUGCCUUCAAAACCCCCUCAAAGAUCCCGUUCUCAGACGUGAACAUCGGUAUGGGAACGGCUCACCCGCCUCGGUGGACCUCGGACAGCACGCUCGCUGAAGUCACAAGCAUUCAACUGGAGUUCAGAGAACUGAGCCAUCUCACCCAGGACCCCCAGUACCAGGAAGCUGCCAAUGAGGUGAUGAGGAUUGUGCACAAGCUUCCUGGGAAGAACGACGGUUUGGUUCCCAUGUUCAUCAACACCAACAGCGGCCAGUUCAGCCACAAAGGAGUCUUCACCCUUGGUGCCAGAGCCGACAGCUACUAUGAGUACCUGCUGAAGCAGUGGAUCCAGGGAGGGAAGACCGAAGACGAGUUGUUGGAGGAUUACCUUCAGGCUAUCGAGGGAGUGAAAAAACAUCUGGUCAAACAGACAGGACCCGGCAGGUUGACCUUCGUUGGAGAGCUGACUCACAACGGCUUCAACCCAAAGAUGGAUCACCUGGUGUGCUUCCUGCCGGGAACUCUGGCUCUGGGGGCCCAUAACGGCCUCCCGGGGGACCACAUGGACCUGGCUGUGCAGCUGAUGGAGACGUGUCAUCAGAUGUACCAACAGAUGGAGACGGGUCUGAGUCCAGAGAUCGCUCACUUCAGCCUGCACGCCGGCGAAGGACAGGAUGUUGUUGUCAAGCCUGCUGACAGACACAACCUGCUGAGACCAGAAACGGUGGAGAGUCUGUUUUAUAUGUACAGAUUCACCAAAGACACCAAGUACAGAGACUGGGGCUGGGACAUCCUGCAGAGCUUCAAUAAAUACACCAAGGUUCCUGGUGGUGGCUACACAUCCAUCAACAACGUCCGCGACCCCAUGAACCCUGGACCUCGGGACAAGAUGGAGAGCUUCUUCCUGGGAGAGACGUUGAAGUACCUGUAUUUGCUGUUCUCCAAUGACACGGAGCUGCUCAGCCUGGACAAGUAUGUGUUCAACACCGAGGCCCAUCCUCUGCCCAUAUGGCCCACUCCACCUAACUGAGGUCCAGGAACACUGAGCCAGUUUCUCCCGGUCCGGGACCGACUGCUGUUUAAAGCAGACCCACUCUGUUGGCUUUGACAUGUGGAGGAACUUUUUUUUUUGUUUUCAUAAUAAAUCUUUCCUAAGGAAAAUGUUUGUGACAGAGCUGGUCUCUAAUAUAAAAACUGUGUGCAGUUCAGACCAGGCUGGCACUUUGCUACACGGUGGGUCGAUUCUGGUGGCUUUUCUCUCUUCAGUUCAUAAGCUGCAUCGUUGUGAUGGAAGGAUUCAUUUUACAGGUGGUUUAAUCAAAACUCUGCGAUCAUCCUGAGCAGAAAUGAAGAUUAAACAUCACAUCUUUAAAAAAAAAGACAAUUGUAAAUUAAAUUCUUUAUAUUUUUCCUGCUGGAUCUGGAGGAUUCCUCAAAAUCAGUGCCUCUAGUUAAGAUUACACAGGUGAUGAUGACGAUCGUGUUUCUGAUUCACAUCUUUAUUUAUUUAACUCGGCUGGUUUUUGUUUUCUGUCAAGGCUAAUCCUGAUGUAGACCAUUUUUCUGUGAUUCAACUCUUAAAAUGUGAUGAAGUUACUGACUUAACUCUAGUUUACAUCACGAUUUAGUCUCUUUUUGUUUUGGGGAGCCGUGAUGACGUCAUUUAAACGUCAAACAUCUCAGGAUUCUUUGUUCCAUGAGGAGUUUGUCCAUUUUGUACAAUAGAAUGGCGCCGGUUUGAAAAUCCUCUCCAGUCCUGGAGGUGGUUUAAAGAGCAGCCUGUGUAAUCACGGUCACAUUGUAGCUCGGUUUAGGAGCGAUCCUGAACAUAACGUCCAACAUUUCUGCCAAUUAAACUCUUCUUCAGGAAAUCCCGCAGACAAAAAUCCAUUUGUGGUUCUAGGUAUUAAUCAAAGUGCAGAUGAGAUAAAAAGAAAUCAGUUCUUCUCGAUUGUGGAGGUUAAACUCCCUGCUAGCUACGCAGAGACGGGGUUUUAGUGUUUACAGUCCAGGGGAGGCGGGAUCCAGACUACCUGGAUGAGGAGGAACGGGCCGUGAUGGUGCAGCUAUGCCCCGUUCGGGCUUUUGCAUUAGCUCAGCAGCAUUUAUCUAGAGCUGAAGGGAAGAAGCAGCUGAGACAGGAGCAGUCAUUUGUGAAGCCUAAAACGGUUUUGAGGGUGUUUUUCAUGAGGAAAUAACGGUAGAACGUGGUCACGAGCUCCAAACAGCGGAUCUUUCAUGAUAAAGGACCUCAUAAGUAUUUACUUUCAGGAUGGAUUUUUUUACAAACCCACAAACCUCCUGCAGGAAGUUUAAUGUCAGGCAGCUAAAGCCUGGAUCUCACCAGGCCGGCUGCCGGAGACGCAAAAUUGAGAGAAAAUGGACUUUUUGAGUUUGAGUCAGAAUUGUGCUGAGAUGUUGCUUAGGUUACUAAAAACUUCAACAGUGGUGUAAAAACUUUGUCCGAAUUCAGCCGUCUGAACUGGCACAUUUGACUGAUUUUAGUCGCAACCUUGUUUUGUUUGCUAUCAGUUACACAAACAGAUUCUCCAACUGAGCUGGGCGACGAGGAGUUCAAAAUCAGGAAAGAUCUGAAUGUGUCGACAGUCGUCGCACACGAACAUGUUUCCGCCCGGACCGUUUUCGAUGCGACGCUCUGAGCCCGAUCACUUUAGUGUGUAUUCAUGAAAUAAAGUUGUAAUAAAGAUGUUUACAUGGUGAUGAUUUUAGCUUUAGUCUGGCUUACACCAUGAUUAGCUUUAGCUCAAUGUUAGCAUUGCUAGCACAAGUUAGCUUAAGGCAGCUAGUUAUUAGUUAAAGCCAUUCAGUUUUCUUUUAAGGCCGCUCUAACAGACGGGAAAUCGUGUGGUUAUAUUGUUCAGUAACAAGUUCGUUCAAAAAACUAAAUCUAAAUGUGAUAAGUUCAUGAUUUCACUGUAAAAAAAUCUUGCUCAUUUUGCUGUGUCACCAACCCGUACUCCCGAAUCACAGAAACUACAUUUACAAGAAUUCCAAACGUCUGCGGGUUCACUCUUUAGGCAGAACUUCAGCUUGUUUCAGAUGUUCUGAACGACACAAAUCCCUUUUUUGUUUCUUCAAAUACGACCUAAUCCGUUUUAACAGCUGGUUCUAAGUCAGACUUGAUCAGGCUUUUCCGUCAUCAAAGUGAGACAACGUCACAAAUCUGAAUCAGUGACAUCACAAGGGUUACUUCAUGUCUAUAGACGGGACAAAGGAAGUAUAAUGGAGGUGUAGUUUAAUGUGAACGAAUUGGUUUUGAGAGAAAAGUUAUGUCCUGUGAGAAUGAGGCCCUGAAGCUCAUGAGAUACUGGUUUUAGUGGUUUUGUUUUCACCCAAGGACCGUAAAGGUCACACUUAACCUGCUUUCACAGCGUGUUUAAUUUUGUGCUUCAUUGUCGAUGUUUAGAAUAGAAUAAAACAUCCACUCUGGGAGUCUGGAGGGUAGGGAGGAGGGGUAUUUAUAAGUAGUUUCUGCUCAUUAAGCAACCAUAGACAACUACCGUUUAUAAGCUUGACCCUCCCAUAUAGGGUUCGUGAUUAUGACAUCACCGACACGGCCGCCCCGUUGGCCCCUGUUACUACUGACAGCGGCGCGCUGAGUCUCGUACUUGCAACUUGAUUUAAUCUCAUUCAUUUUAUCAGUUUUGUUAGGCAAACAUGGCAAGUCAUUGCUGUGUCGCGGGGUGCAUCACAUGAUCGCCAGGGAAAAAGGUGGAAAACAGGCUAACUUCACUGUUUUCCUGCUUGGGGGCAUAACCAUGAGAGCAAGUGUCUAACCUAACGAAGCCUCUGUUGGGUUGGAUCGCAGCUGUACGGCAACCAAACAUCAACUUCCAGAGUGUUUUCAUUCUGGUGAGUUACAGAUGGUGUACGUUUUUUUUAUAAAUCAUUUCUUUCCUUCACCCCCGACAUGCACGCAUGCACACACACACACACACACACACACACACACACACACACACACACACACACACACACACACACACACACACGUGUUUUAUGGGUUUGUGUGGACUACGUUUUCUGAGUUGUUUGUGUGGACCCUGACUUCCACUAUAGCCAGAAUGGUGCAAAAUUAUGUUUAACUCUAGGUGGGACAAAGGAAGCUUCCUCUAGGAUUUUGGUUGUGUGGACCGGGUAAAUGUCCACACAAUGUUGGUCUCCCGUCAGGGGUUGGUCCACACAAACCCAUAAAGACAAGUGCACACACACACACACACACACACACACACACACACACACACACACACACACACACGGUAGGCUAAAGCAGGCGCACUGAUGCACUAUACAACUUCUCCUGCUACACUUUUUCCAUGGAAGGGCAAUUUUUGAUUAUUUUACUAGAAAAACCAACAAAUGAAAUGUUCAGCUCUCAUCCGGACAUUUACACCCGCUCACACCACAAACAAGAUGACUCAUCUCCGAGUGCAACGCAUAAUCACGUGUGAUCCCAAGCCCUUUUCCAGUCAGAACAGACAAGGCUCUUAGGGUUGGGGUCGGAUCCUGUUUAAUCUUUAAUCUAUGAGAACCGUUUCAGUUGCUGAGGUGUGUUUGAGGAAAUCAUGAUUGAUGAUGAAACAAACCAAAAAUACGACCCAGUCCCCAGGAUGUUUUAGGUGAAAUCAGAUUUUUCAGUUUUAAUGAAGUUGAGUUUGUUGCAGGUCAUCCUGUUACUUUAGGGCUUUUUAUUAAAUCACCCAGAGAGCCAUACCAACCCAGAUCCCUGAGAGGGUUCCUCUGCCAAGGUUCUGCUGUGCCUGUCGGAGUGUAAAUCCUUCCAAUUGCUGUUUGUUUCUGUUGGGAGUUGUUGUUUCAGGGGAACUUAAAUGGUGUUGGCUUGUUUUAAAUCUGAAUGUUUGAGUGAUUGACACACAAAGGAAGGUAAAUAUUUAGUGUAAAUAGUUUCUGAACGUGCUGAUCUCUGAGCCUUUCAGGUCUUAAUGUUUUGGUCCAUCUCGUUCGAAAUAUUCAUUUGGAGUUUUAUUCUUUUGUCCAAAUCUGACACAAAAUCUUCCUGAUUUCCCAUCAAUUCAUCACAAACCUGUUCAGCAUCAAAGUGUUUAAAUGAGUUGAAGCGUGAGCGGAGAUGUUUGCUUCUGUUCUCGUUUUAUUUUGUAAACGGCUCACCUCAUUGACUAUCUCACAGUUUUUAACGUGUGUUUUUACAGCUCUGCAGCAAAAGAGGAAAAUAAACAUUUGUUCUACAAACUUU